CCAACUCUAAAUUAAAUCUAUUAAAAAAAAUAACGAGUUUCUAAAAUAAGGUAAAAAGAGUAUGACUUUUCUAUGUGUAAAAUACUUAUUAAUCGCCCAAAAAAUCUUCUAUCGUUUCAUGAGACAAAAGUGUAUAAAUAAGAAGACGUGUAUAAAAUAAAAUAAAAUAAUAUUUGAAGCAAACACCUUAUAUUAUUUAAAACCAAAACACGAUCACAUUGUGUGACAUCUAAUCCAUUUCUUCCAAUCCCAUAGGCCAUAGCCUCAAACACACAUCUCCCACACCCAAACAAAAACACACACAAAAAAAAGUGCCUAUAAAAAAAUCCUCACUACUUUGAUAACUAUUGCUAGAAACUACACCAAAACAAAAACAAAAAAACACAAUCUUUUCCUUUUUUUUUUUAAACUCAUUCCAAAAGAUCAUAAAUUUGUUCAUCACUCGUUCGCCGGCGAUAUUUUUCCGGCGAUCUAGAAAAUUUUCCGGCGAGAUGGACCGACGGGAGGAUAUCGGUACGAGUUGUAGUGGUAGUAAUAAUGAUAAUAAUAGUAAUAGUAAUAAUAAUAAUAAUAAUACGAGUAAUGUUAUUAUUAGUAAGAAGAAUAAGAAAAAUAAAAAAGAGAUGAUGUUGGAAAUGCAAUGGACCAACGAAAAACAUUCGGAUUUUUUGAGAUUAAUGGAAGCAAGUUUUGUACGGAAUUUGAUGGAGAGGAGCAGCAAUGAAGAUACUACCAACAUUAAUUCAAGACUUGACCGUUUUGUCCCUGAUAUUUCUGAGUCUACCCUUGAUUUACAUCAUAGAUCAGCAUAUUCGAGUGAUCGAGUGAACAGGACUUGUAACAGGCAAAAAGAAAGAGGAAUUAUUCGUCCUUAUAAAAUGACACAUGACCAGGUGGUCCCACGAGUAGAGGACAAAGCAGGUGAUAAGAACACUACAAACUGAUGUGAAUUACUGCACCUUCCAUGAAGAAUUCCAAGCAUUAUAAUUGACCAACUUUCUCAACAACAACAAGAAGAUGCGCAACUAAUUACUUACUAUAGCUUUUACUACUAUUUGGAUUUUUCUCUAGUUUUUUUUUUUUUUUUUUUUUUUUGGGUUUUUUUUUGGGUGGUUGUGUUGUGUUUAUCUCCUCAUUUGACCCCACAUUUUUUUUUCAAUCUUUGGCCUAUUCUAAGAUGUUUAUUAUUCACUUUAAUUCAACAUUAGGAUUGGGUUGUUUCAAUUACUUUCAUGACCUUUUACAAAAUUUUAGGUGUGUUUUCUUUUGACUAGUUGAGUACAGUAGUAAUUAAAGUGAUACGACCAAAGAUAGAGUUAGAGUGGAGCUACUUUCGUACCCGUUCAAAUUGUGGGAAAAAUUAACCUAGCUAAUGGAGCAUCGAAAGUAGCUUUUAUGUGCACCCGAGAAUAUUAUGACGGAAUAUACAUUGUAAUACAUAGUAGAUGAA